GCGAGAGCGGAACUUAACCAAUAGCGGGCGGCUCCAUUUUUUUCCUCUGCCGGAAGUUCCGCUCGCGAGUGACGUACAGUAGUAAGGUAGCUGGUGGGAUCUGCGGCUGGAGAAAGGAGAGGCGAAAUCACCCCCUGCUUGCCUUCUCCUGACCAGGUCCAUCUACAGCCAUGGCGCAAUACAAAGGAGCUGCCAGCGAGGCUGGCCGGGCACUCCAGCUGAUGAAGAAGAGGGAGAGGCAGCGGGAACAUAUGGAACAGAUGAGGCAACGGAUUGCUGAGGAGAACAUCAUGAAGUCAAACAUUGACAAGAAAUUCUCCGCUCACUAUGAUGCAGUGGAAGCUGAGCUGAAAUCCAGCACUGUUGGCCUGGUGACCCUCAAUGACAUGAAGGCCAAGCAAGAAGCUCUUGUAAAGGAACGGGAGAAGCAGCUGGCAAAGAAGGAGCAGUCCAAAGAGCUGCAGCUGAAGCUGGAGCGCAUGCGGGAGCGGGAGCGCAAGCAGGAGCAGAAGCGCAAGAUCUCAAGCUUGUCCUUCACCCUGGAUGAGGAGGAGGAAGAUGAUGGCAUUGAGGAGGAAGAGGAAGAGGCAGAGCUGGAGCGGGAAGAGCUGCCCCCCAAGAAGAAGACUGGGAAGAACCCAGAUGUGGACACCAGCUUCCUGCCUGACCGUGACCGUGAGGAGGAAGAAAAUCGCCUGCGAGAAGAACUUCGCCAGGAGUGGGAAGCCAAACAGGAGAAAAUAAAGAGUGAAGAAAUAGAAAUCACCUUCAGCUACUGGGAUGGCUCUGGGCACCGCAGGACUGUCAAGGUGAGCUUUGCUCCAUGCGACAUUGGGCUCAUAUGUCUCUCCUUCCCUCCCCCUUGCAGGUCAGCUGGUGUGGAGCAACUUAUGUACAUCAAGGAGGAUCAUAUCCCACAUCACCACAGCUUCUAUGACUUCAUUGUCACCAAGGCCCGGGGGAAAAGCGGGCCGCUCUUCAAUUUUGAUGUACAUGAUGAUGUUCGGCUUCUGAGUGAUGCAACAGUGGAAAAAGAUGAGUCCCACGCUGGCAAGGUGGUGCUUCGCAGCUGGUAUGAAAAGAACAAGCAUAUUUUCCCUGCAAGCCGGUGGGAGCCAUACGACCCAGAGAAGAAGUGGGACAAGUACACGAUCCGGUGAGGGACAGAUGAAGCUGCUGAUCCUCUUAUUGGUGUGAUACGUGGCUGCCUUCCUAAGCUGCUGCAGCAGCACCUGCCCUUUAUCCCACUCCAGCCCUCCGACCUCUGCAGCUGCACCUUCACCCCUAACUGUACCAGCCUUUGGUGAAAUAAACUUUGCCUCACCUAA